GAAUUUAAAACGGGCUUGCCGUUCGUUCCGUGAUGUCCUUGCCUGUGGGGAAGACGAGAAUAUAGCCGGCCCCGCCAACCCAUUUCAUCAAUUAUUAACCUCCCGUUGCCAUGCCAACGCAGGCGAUCAUGAGCUAGUGUGUGCGUGACCGGUUUUUAAUAUCGGGGCGGCCGGCUGGUAAUAUCGCACGCGGGGGCGGUGGGUGUAAGUGACAGCCCAGCAGGGAAGGAAAAAAACCGGCCUGACAACAUGUCGGCGAAAAUUCUGGACGAAAUUACGGAGGAAUUCCUCGUCUGUAAGAUCUGCUUCGAGGACUACAAGAAGCCGAAGGUGCUGCCGUGCCUGCACACGUUCUGUGAAGGGUGUUUGGUGAAGUACGUCCCCGGGAAGGCGCGGAACAUCACCUGCCCCCUCUGCCGAGAGGAGACCGCCCUCCCCGAUAAUGGCGUGGCCGGGUUGAAGGGGAAUUUCCUCAUCUCCAGCCUGAGAGAGAAGUUGCGGACGGGGAACAUGGAGAAGGCCGGGGCGGCGGAUGAUGGAGACACCCGCUGCCACUCUCACGGGGACUGCCCGGUGCGGUUCUACUGCGAGCCCUGCGAGAUCCCCGUCUGCGCGCAGUGCGUCAAGAAGGACCACAAGACACACAAACACGUCUUCAUGUCCGACGUCGUGACCGAGAAACGCGAGCACCUGAGCGAGUUACUCCUGGCCGCCCGGGAGAAGGUGCCCGUGUUCGAGACCGCCAUCAGACAGCUGUCCGAGGCGGAGGACAGUAAGAGAGAGGAGAGGGAGAGAGUGGAGAGCGAGGUGAUCUCUACAGCGGAGAAGGUGGUAGCUGCAAUCCAGCAGCAGCAGGACUACCUCCUCACCAUGCUGGACUCCAUCUACCUCGCCGAACACAGAGAACUGCAAGAAGAGAAGGACAGGGUGGAGACGGAGCUGGUGAGCCUGCGCAGUAGCUGUGACUUCACGGAGAAGGUCCUGCAGUUCGGGAACGACGCCGAGAUUCUCUCCGUGACCAAUCAGAUGACAGGAAGACUGCAGAAGCUGUCCGACGUACCUUUAGGAGAAGACCUGAAGAUCGACUCGCUGUCUCGCGAGAUCCGUUACGUCAUGCGCGAUGACGACAUGUCGUGGGUUGCGGAGAAGAUGGGUCACGUGGAGUGUCACAUGAGAGUCGACCGCCACUCCCAACUGGUGGAGGAGAUCGAAAAGACCAUCGAAAAGUUCUCCAAACCCUCUUCUGGCAUGGAUUUAGCCAGAGAUCCCGAAAACCCGGCCAGCCCUAAGAAGGUAAAGCCAAGCGAACGGCGACCGACUAGUUUGAUACCAAACGGCGUGCCAGAGCUCGAGGACGAACCGCUCUGGGCAAAAUCCAACGCCCCGUUUGCCGGAGCGACGUUGCUCUUACAGACCGAGGCGCCCAGCGCGGGCCUCCGGCCUUGCGGCGUGGCCGUCCGAGGGGAGAUGGACAUAGUGGUCGCUGACUCCGACAGCAUGGUCGUGCAGGUGUUCAGUAGUCUCACAGGCAACCUCAGACACACCUUCAACGUGGACAUAUACCCCAAGGACGUGGCGAUCACACCUGAAGGAAACAUCGCCAUCUUAGGAUGCGACGGGUCUAUCAAGCUUUGCACUCCUCAAGGACGACUCUUCCGGCACAAUGACAGUUCUGGGGUCGUUGACCCUGUAGGACUAGCCGUGGAUUCGAACGGUCGUUUCGUCAUCUCCGACGCCGACGGCCACCAAGUGAAGGUCCUCAACCCAAACGGGACUCCCGCCUUCGCCUUCGGCGGCUACGGCGACGACGACACGCAGUUCGACGACCCGUCCUACGUAGCCGUCAAUCACCGGAACGACAUCAUCGUCUCUGACGAAGGCAACCACUGCAUCAAGGUGUUCGACUCGAGCGGGAAGUUUCUGCGGCGGUUCGGCACGCAGGGCGAGGAGGAGGGCCAGUUCGACCACCCCAAGGGAGUCUGCGCGGACAGUCACGGCAACAUCCUGGUCGCUGAUUGGCUGAACAACCGGGUCGCGUUGUUCAGCUCAGACGGCCAGUUCCAGCGGUACAUAGUGGCCUCCACAGACAGACUGCGCCGUCCGUGCGCCGUGGCCCUCAUCAGCGACUGGAAACUCGUGGUGUCAGAGUACAACAACAGUCGGGUCAAAGUCUUCCGCUUCUGAUCGAGUGGCAAGAAUAAUCUCCAAGCACAUGAAUGACUUUCUUCUUUCUUUCAGUAAACACAGGUAGUGGAGGACAUGGAAGACGGUCAUGA